UUUGCAGAUGCUUGGAGUCAUGAAUAUGAUAUUUACCAUAAAUACUAAAAAAAGUUAACAUUUAAAAAGUUUGUAUCACUAAGGUCACAUUUUUCUAUUCCAAAUAAAACAGCCGUAUUUGUUACUGUCUGGUUAGGUCAGGCUUUUAUUAAAAGUAAAGAACUCUUGAUCCUUGGAUCACUGAACUCAAUGUUCAAGAUAACCGUGUCAGCAGUUUGCAGCUAAUCUGCUUUUGACUAUGUUUCUUUUAUAGCCAGGAUUAAAUCAAAAUAUAUGUAAAUAGUUUUGUUCUGCUUAUGUGGUUGAAAUGUACGGGAUAUAUUUGAUCAUAUAUUUCUGGAUAUGAAUUUGAUGUGUUUGUCAUAAUGUUUCUUGAGAUGAUAUUUGUUGUAAAUUUGUGCUUCAUAAAUCAAAAGUAAAUACAACUAAAUGAAGCUCUUCACCUUUGGCUUCUCAUGGUGCAGUAAUCUGAUUACUUUUAUAUAAGCUCAACUAAAGUACCAAAAGUGUCAUUUGAUAAUUCUUCAGAGCCGGGUGAAAUAAAUGCAAAUUAAAAAUGAUGUUUUUCAUUCAAAAUGAACAGCACCAAAACUUCUAGUUUUUUUUUACCCCCACACCUUCAUCAGUUUCCCAGAUUAUUUCAUAUAUUGCUUUUGACUUUGUUAAAUGUUAGAUGUAAAACCCCAGAUUCUCCGUGGAGUCCCAGCAUUAAUCUUCCCUCUGACCUGAAGGAGCAUCAGUCUGUCACUGUAACCUGCUCAGCUUUCACUCCGUGUCCACAAUCACCUCCUGAACUCACCUGGAAUCUCCAACAAGACUCUCUCAGACAAACAGAGAAAAACACAGAGGGAAUCUUUACAACUAAAAUCCAGAAGAACAUCACUCUGUCAGACACACAUGAUGGAUACAACAUCACAUGUUCUGCCAGAUAUCCUGUGAUUGGAGGAAACAACACAGCAGAGACAGAAGUGACUCUCAAUGUUUCAUAUGCUCCUAGAAACACCUCAGCAUCCAUCAGUCCAUCAGGUUUGGUAUCAACAUUAUGUUUCUUUGAAGCUACUCUGUGGUUUUCCUCGUACUCUGAACCUGACAGUCAUAAUAUUCAUCCUAUGCUUUGCCUAAUAAAUGCACUGUUCCUGGGUUUAAAUAUUAACAGGCUAUCCUCCUCUUUUACAACAAGAGGAAGGAUAAAUAUUGCACCAGUAAACUCUGACGUGACAUUGACUUUGAAACACAGAAGUUGCUUCUUGGAUGUUUUGCUCACUGAGUGAAAUUCUUAUGAAACCAGAUUCACACUUUUUUCAUUUUAUCUGCACAUUAUUCGGGUAAGAACGCUGUACAAAUGAAAGUGCUUUUGACAAUGUGUUUUUCCUAAACCAGUAUUUUUUCUUGCUAUAAAAACUACCAUUGUUUUUAUUUGAAAAUAGUUGUUUUGAGUUAUACAUUCAAUUUGUUAUCAAAAAGCUAUGCUGCAGUUGUUCAUGUAGUUAAAGUUUGAAGAUGGACCAAAAUGUAUGAGGGGUCGUUCAGGACAAGAACUGCGUUUUCUCUCACACACACUACUACGGAUUCUCACACAAACAGAAGACUAAAAUUGCACUUACACACUGUUAAAAUAUCACACACAGCGAAAGGGUACCUAUGACCGCCGAUGUUGUGGCUAUAUGUGCUACCUCAUCAGCAAUUUUCGAAAGGUAGCAUCGACAGAUAGACAUGGCUGUCUAGAUCCGCUGCGGUAGGAAAAUCUGAUGAGGAAGCACAGAUAGUCAGAACACCUAUCAAACCAAAAGCCCAAAUGUUGAGCACAGGUUGAUAUUGUCACAGAAAGUAGCUACACGGAUGACUGCCCUUCAUCUUUUCCCUUUGUCCUCUUUGGGAAGUUAACACUUCCACCCUCAGAUUGAACCUCCCAGAGGCAAAGCUUGGAAACUAAAUGAUACUGCAGUUUUCAUGUUAGGUUUUAGUUUUUCUACAAUUCAGUGGCUCUUUUGUAGUUAUUACCUUUUCAAUACCUAUCAGAUCUGGACUGCAAUAAACUCACCUUCUCAUGGUGACAACAUGUCGCAACAAAUAAGUAAAACUGUACUUCCCUCAAACAUGUAAUUUUCUCUAAAACGUCCCACAAAACUUGCUUGACAUCGUAUAGAGAUACAAAAGCUUUUUUUCAAAUUUUUGCUAAAGCCUUUAUUCUCGCUGGUGUUGUUGGCACAUUCUUGUAGCACUCUAUUGCAGUUCUCCUGUACCUACUUCUUUUGUUCAGUUCUGUCUGAAUAAAUCAAAUCAGCUCCAGUUCCUUCUUAAUAUAUCGUCCUUCCCCCCUUUCAUUGUAAGUUUGUUACCUAACGCUACACGUCUGGCAAAACAGUUUCUACUUUAUUCGUUGGAUUGUCAACUAGACUAUAGGAUCACCGCUGCUCCAGCUGUUACUCAGGAAACAAAGGAGGUCUGUCAGAGUCUGAUGGUGUCUGAGAACAUGCUGACGGUCAACAUGUUACUGAGGGUCUUCUUUCUUCCAGGUGCUUUGGCUGGUUGUCCCAGUUCUUUCCUCUUUGUUAACAUGCCUCAUCAGAUGGAAGCACUGAGUGGAUCUUGUCUGCAAAUCCCAUGUAGCUUCAGUGUAACUCAUCCUGACUAUAACCCCACUAAUUCGAUCCUUGGAAUUUGGUUUAAAAAUACCACAGUUACCACCUCCAAACCAAACCCUCUUAUUUUCAAAAGCGAUGGGUCAGUCAACAAGUAUUCACUGAACAUGAUUGGAAACGUGAAUGAGGAAAACUGUACCACUGUGUUUCCUGAUUUAAAGACUACUUAUACUGACACUUACUACCUCCGCAUUGAGAAGGGGAAAUUCAAAGCAAGCGCCGUCUGUGAACCUCUUCAUAUAACAGUAGGAGAUUCUCCAUGGAGUCCCAGCAUUAAUCUUCCCUCUGACCUGAAGGAGCAUCAGUCUGUCACUGUAACCUGCUCAGCUUUCACUCCUUGUCCACAAUCACCUCCUGAACUCACCUGGAAUCUCCAACAAGACUCUCUCAAUCAAACAGAGAAAAACACAGAUGGAACCUUUACAACUAAAAUCCAGAAGAACAUCACUCUGUCAGACACACAUGAUGGAUACAACAUCAGAUGUUCUGCCAGAUAUCCUGUGACUGGAGGAAACAAGACAGCAGAGACAAAAGUGACCCUCAAUGUUUCAUAUGCUCCUAGAAACACCUCAGCAUCCAUCAGUCCAUCAGCUUUGGUGUCAGCAGGUAGCAGGGUGGAGCUGAGCUGCUCCAGCAGAGCCAAACCUCCACCCAGCUUCACCUGGUUCAGGAACAGCAAAGAUGGAGCCAUGAAUGUGUCUGUGGGGCAGGUUCACAGCUUCAAUGUUACUGAGGGAGGAGAGUAUUACUGUGUGGCUACAAAUAAUCUGGGCAAUGAUUCAUCAUCAAGGAUCUGUAUUAGUACUAAAGAUAAAGAUUCUCCUUGGAGACCCAGCAUUAAUCUUCCAUCUGACCUGAAGGAGCAUCAGUCUGUCACUGUAACCUGCUCAGCUUCAACUCCUUGUCCACAAUCACCUCCUGAACUCACCUGGAAUCUCCAACAAGACUCUCUCAAUCAAACAGAGAAAAACACAGAGGGAAUCUUUACAACUAAAAUCCAGGAGAACAUCACUCUGUCACACACACAUGAUGGAUACAACAUCAGCUGUUCUGCCAGAUAUCAUGUGACUGGAGGAAACAAGACAGCAGAGACAGAAGUGACUCUCAGUGUUUCAUAUGCUCCUAGAAACACCUCAGCAUCCAUCAGUCCAUCAGGUUUGGUGUCAGCAGGUAGCGGGGUGGAGCUGAGCUGCUCCAGCAGAGCCAAACCUCCACCCAGCCUCACCUGGUUUAAGAACAGUUCAGAAGGAGCCAUUAAGUUAUCUGUGGGCCAGGUUCAUAGCUUCAGUGCCAUACAGGGAGGUGAAUAUUAUUGUAUAGCCAUAAAUGAUCUGGGAAAUCAAACAUCUCCAGUGAUCUAUGUUACUGUCACUGGUUUGCCGUUUAACCCUCUUUACUGGGGAAUCAUUCCAGUAGGAUGUAUAAUGUUCAUCUGUCUCUUUGCUGGCUUUUGGUACUUUAUCUCCAAAUACCGAGCUCCCAAACUGACUCAGAGUCAAAACAGCGAUGUCCAAAUGUCAGCCGCUAAACCAGAGGAACAAUUGCAUUAUGGAGAAAUAGCAUUUUGCAGAAAGACGCCUGAAACGUCCUCCGAAUUGGUGCAGCACAACGAACAGACUGUGUACGCGGAGGUAAAAUUGUCGCAGUGAGGAAUCAGCUCAAAGCAGACUCCUGAGAACCCCGAGGAUCUUAGCUGUGAAGAAAAGAAAGAAUAAUUUCUGUUGUGUGAUGGCAAACAUCUAAGUUUUGUCUGUGUAAGGGGAAAGGUCAUGAUAAAGAUGGAGAGUCUGCACCUCAAGACCUUGUCACCCUCCACUGCGCAUGCUUCUGUCACUUAUUAGGGAUGAAUGAAAUUGAUUGAAAGGUUUUCUAUGAUAUUUUGUAAUAUUUAUUGGAAUAACAACAAGAGUGAUGAGAAAACAGAUUUAAUUUCAAUCUCCUUUGGUAAAAGACUAUGGCUGUGAGUGAAUUUCCCCUCAGUCAAAAGCUACGAUCCAUUUAUCCAUUUAAGCUGGAGUCGGAUUUAGCCUCGCGCUCGAGGUAACAGCGUUCCAAUUAAUAUAGUCAAAGAAAUGAGCAUUUUAACAUGAUGUCCAAGAAGAAAUGGUUCACCAUACCUCUCACAAACACUGCUUAAAGAAUUACUAUGCAUACAAAAGCACAACUUUUAAUUUGUUCAGUUUACAGUUACUGGUGCUACAUGUAACAAUGUAGCACUCUCCCGUCAUAGAUACUUCUGUUGAUGCCUGGAGCGGCCAUGUUGAUUUGUGAAUUUACCGUCACCAGUUGCAACUGUCAGAGGUGCUACCGCUGUCCCAGUGUGAAGUCCGACUUCAGGGGGUCAUUUUUCCAACUGAGGAGUCAGAAUCUUUGAGUACCAACUACAAAUGGAGCGCAAGAAGUUCCUUAACUUUGAAAUUUGAGUAAAAGAAAUUUACUCAAAUCUAGUAACAUUAGAAAACCAUGUAGAAAAAGGUUUGAUUAAACAAAAAAUCCUGUGGUUUUCUAGAAACACUAGAAAACCAGUUGUUUUUUUUUUACUUUAAGGUGGUUCUAAAUAGUCAUGGAAAAUUUCAGAACCAAGUUAUUGCUGUUAUGUCCUAAUACGUAAAACAUGCAGACUAUUAGAGUUUGUACUUUCUUUUUGUUUUCUCACUUUCUGUCUUUUUUUACUUAGACUGUAACUAUAUAGCACAAUGUUUUAUGUUGAAUGAUAGAUUGCAGGUCAGUUGGUGUUUCUGGUAAUGUCUGGACUUCCCAUUUCUGUAGUGACUAGUGAUUAUUCACAAUUUGUGGUCAAAUUGUGCUAUUGUACAAGACAGUGCAUUAGUUCUCUGCAUUAUGAACAAGCUAUUAUGUGGACAAUGUUGCUAAUUUUUUUUGCUCAAAAAAGGAAGGGUUGCCUUCCCUUUUCCAAGGUUCAGUGAAUGGCACACGAUUUUAAAACUUAGUAAACGCACAAAUAAGGAAGUAAAUUUUUUUUUCUUUUUCUGAAGCUCAGAAAAUGGUUGUUUUCUAUACGUUCACCUGUUGCCAGUAAAAUAAUUAGCACAUUUUCCGGAAUUUAAACUUAUAUUACUCAGUUUGUGCUUUUCUCCCAUUUUUCCCUUCAUCAAGAAGUAACGGCGCUCGUAAAAUAACAUGCUUUAGCAUUUGUUGGGUAAGUGUGCCAAUGUGUGUUUUUUUAAUCAAAGCUGGUGGGAAAAUACAACUUCUGUAAACUUCUGUAAAAAAAAAAAUCUUGCCUUAUAAAUAAGCUGGGACAAUUAUUGUUCAAUUAUUCUUUUUAACUUUCCCUUGACUUAUGUAACAUGUUAAAUGCUUAUUAGAUAAAAUGAACCCAUUAUUUUUUUUCUCUGUUUUCAAUAUCAUUCCAAUUUUUUUGUCUGAGUUAUCAAUUUUCUUUUUAUGUCAACAGACUCAUGUCACUAUUAUAUAAUGACUCAUGUCUCAUUUAGAAGGCUGUUUUAUGUUCAAAUAG